AUGGCCCACUCCAACCAUUCCAGCACCUCCUUCUUUCUGACUGGCCUCCCAGGCCUCGAGGCUGUGUAUGUCUGGCUCUCCAUUCCUCUCUGCAUCAUGUACAUUGCCUCUCUGGCAGGGAAUGGCCUGAUCCUGUGGGUUGUAAAGUCAGAGUCCUCCCUGCACCAGCCUAUGUACUACUUUCUAUCCAUGCUAGCAGUGACAGACCUGGGUCUGUCUGCCUCCACACUGCCCACCAUGCUCACAAUCUACAUAAUGGGUGUCAGGGAGGUGGCAUUAGACAUGUGCCUUGCCCAGCUCUUCUUCAUCCAUACUUUCUCCAUCAUGGAGUCCUCUGUGCUGCUGACCAUGGCCUUUGAUCGUUUUGUGGCCAUCAGUAGUCCCCUACGCUAUGGCACCAUCCUCACUAACCCUCGGAUUGCCAGCUUGGGCCUGGCCAUUGUGGUUCGAAGCAUUGGUCUCCACAUCCCUGCCCCCAUCAUGCUGAAGAAGCUGCCUUACUGCCAGAAGCGCCAGCUUUCCCACUCGUACUGCCUGCAUCCAGAUGUUAUGAAACUGGCCUGCACAGACACCCACAUCAACAGUGCCUAUGGCCUCUUUGUGGUUCUGUCCACCCUGGGUGUGGACUCUGUGCUCAGUCUCUCCUACGGGCUAAUCCUCCACACGGUGCUUUCAAUUGCCUCCAAGACAGAGCGCCUCAAGGCCCUCAACACCUGUGUCUCCCACAUCUGUUCUGUACUGCUGUUCUACACACCUAUGAUUGGCCUGUCCAUGAUCCACCGAUUUGGCAAGUGGGCUUCCCCAUGCAGCCGUGUUUUGCUCUCUUAUCUUCACUUUCUCACCCCUCCAGUGCUCAACCCGGUUGUAUACACUAUAAAGACUAAGCAGAUCCGGUUGAGGAUUCUACGCAUCUUCCGGUCUGGUGGAGCAAGCAUUGGAGAUACCCAGGGUCACUAA